UGUGUUUCUCAUUCAGUCCGUAGUGAUCCAAACUGAUACAAACUGAUUUCUAGCAGAUAUGUAUGCGGUGAAAUAUACGCACAACUAUGUCUAUCGAAGACGUGAUCGCACGAAAGUGGUGUUAAGGUUUGUGUCCACCGAUUCGUCAACCAUAGGGAUGCUCAAAUUUAUGCACAACUACAUAUACAGGAGCCAUAAGCGCACCAAAAUCGUGCUAAAUAGAGUAUCCGGAAGCGAAGCCACCAAGUCAAUUAGUACGAUUGCAUUUGCAAGAAAGCUGAUGCAGUUGAACAAAGAAGAGGAACAGAUUCGGAGAUGGGACGCAGCCCUGCAAAUUGAAAACCUUAGAGCAGAGAAGUUAUCCAGUAAAGAGGACAACUAUGUUGAUAAGAACCUGGCAAUUACGUAUUUAUGUAGAAAUGGUGUGCUGAUCGACUUCCAUGAUAUAAAGCCCAUUGAGGAUGAGCAGAUCAUUACCGAGGAAGGGGAAAUAAAAUAUGUUGUGACUUCGGAGAUCGGCAAAUGGGAGACCGGGUAUAUCUUAGUUUGCAUCACGGGAGUGAAUGGAAACAAAAGCACAAAGUAAAAUAUUAAGUUUGUGGCCAAAAAAUUAUUUAUGAAAUGAAUAGAACUUAUGAAUCACUUAUUAUCAGAUUGUUGUACGUGCUCCUCAUUGGCGACACAUGCUCCUCAUAAACACUUUUACAUUCUCAAACGUGGUGAAGAAAAUGUACCCUAAAAAUGGAUAAAUAGCAGCUGCGACAAUUGAGAGGUGUUUAGAUUCUUUGCAGAGCUCUAUGCACUGUACUGCGACAACAUCGUAUUAUGUAUUUUAAAUGUUCUUCAAAAAUUAGAUCUGUGUAUUUUUUACGUUUUAUGUGAAAGUUUGGAGAUGUAUGCACUAUAC